UUGUGUUUCGUCUCGUCGUCGGCUUUCCUUCCUCCUCCUUCAGUGCCCUCUGUCUCUCUGCUACUGCCUCUUUCUCUCUCUGCCUUAUCCCUUUCAUCCCUUCAUCUCCACCAUGCCGGAGGAAAGAGCCGUUGUAGCAUGGUGCAAAAUCCCUGCUCUCAACAGCUCUCCGUGCGCCUCCGACGACCCUCAACCGCUAUGGAAGAACAAGAGUAGUAGCCUUAGCCUCAGUCUCACUCGCAGCGGUACUCCUUGUAAAUUCGCUUGCGUUUCUGUGGCAGAACGGAAAUUGGAUAAGGAGUUCUUUCCCACUUCUGCCCAGCUCUUGCAGCAUCCGCUUGCUAUGGUCGCACUCGUGCCAAAAGACGCCGCGCUCUUCCUCGCCGGCGCUAUUGCAGGCGCUGCAGCCAAGACUGUCACGGCUCCGCUCGACCGUAUCAAAAUUCUUAUGCAGACUCAUGGAGUGCGAGCUGGACAAGAAAGUGCGAAAAAGGCGAUUAAUUUUAUUGAGGCUGUAACAGUUAUAGGAAAGGAAGAAGGCAUUAGAGGUUACUGGAAGGGGAACCUCCCCCAGGUUAUUCGGGUGAUACCUUACAGUGCUGUCCAGCUUUUUGCAUAUGAAAUUUAUAAGAAAUUGUUCAGGCGAAAGGAUGGUGAGCUAUCUGUUGUUGGAAGACUUGCAGCAGGUGCUUGUGCUGGCAUGACAUCCACUUUUGUGACCUAUCCAUUAGACGUUUUGAGGUUACGAUUAGCAGUUGAACCAGGUUAUCGAACCAUGUCACAGGUCGCCUUGGGCAUGCUAAGAGAGGAAGGUUUGGCAUCAUUCUAUCACGGCCUUGGGCCUUCUCUUAUUGGAAUUGCUCCGUAUAUUGCAGUGAACUUUUGUGUUUUUGACUUAUUAAAGAAAUCUUUGCCAGAAAAAUAUCAAAAGAGAACUGAAACAUCUCUAAUCACAGCUGUGCUUUCUGCAUCUCUUGCGACCCUUACAUGCUAUCCUCUGGACACUGUACGAAGGCAGAUGCAAUUGAAGGGCACACCUUAUAAGACAGUUUUAGAUGCCCUUUCAGGUAUCAUGGCACGCGAGGGAGUUAUUGGCUUGUACCGGGGCUUUAUACCAAAUGCUUUGAAAACCCUCCCAAACAGCAGCAUCAGGCUUACCACAUAUGACUUUAUUAAACGGGCAAUUGCAGCUAGUGAGAAAGAGUUCCAAACAAUUACGGAGGAGAAUCGCCAGAAACAGAACUAAACAAAUAAACGAUGAAGUUGGUCCUCGGAUUCAUUUUUGACUGCUGAAGAGCGACAUAUCAGAUAUCCUCAAACGGUGUCUCUGAGAAUUGUUCUAUAGGAUAGAAGUUUCUGCCUGGCACCUUGUAUUCUUGUGCUAAAUUCAUCUUCAGCUUCUGGAACUUUGUAUGCCAAGUAAAAUAGUAUGUUUUCACGCUUGUUCUUACAUUUCUUUAUAAUAUUACCUCCAAUUCUAAUUAUAAGACCUUGUUUGUAGUCUACAAACAAAAUCUUAUAAUUAAAACUAGAGGUAAGAUUUCCUUCUCUCA